UCCCANUUAAGUCGCGAAGAGUUGUAUUCAUUAGUGAAUGCAUUGAAACGUCAAAUCAAUUGUUUGUCAACAGAUUUAUCGCGAAAUGACUUAUUGUUAAACAAAUGUCACAAAUGUUUAACACAUUUAUUGAAUACAAAACAAAUAGAUUUGCAUUUAAUCCGAGAAUUAGUGGAUUUGAUUGCAUUGAAUGCCACCGAAAGUCGUGUCAAUUGCGAGCAGACAGUCAUCGGUGGACAACGUGUUGAUGAAAGUGAUGGCUAUUAUGACCACAAAAAGGGUUUUGCUUUCAUCACUCAAUCCAACGAGAAGUGAUGACCAGAGAAAUGAAGAGUCGAUUGGAGACCAAGAAGUGGUCAUUAAAUCAGAAGACAAUCCGAACAACGGUUCCAGUGAUGAGGAAAUGUGUGAAACAUCUCAAGACAUUCACUCAACGGAAGGGCUGUUCGUGUGUUCAGUAAAUGACUGCCAAUACAGCUGUCAAAUGAAGGCCGGUUUCACUCGACAUCAGCUCAUCCGACAUCCCGACGCCUUUCCGGACAUACCAUGGAUUGAAUGCUCGCAUACGGGCUGUCAGUAUAGGUGUAAAGACAGGAAUAAUUACAAUCAACACGUUAUAAGACAUGUGAAGCCAUUUGAGUGCAGCCAAUGUGGACAGACAUUCGCCCAGAACUACGGCCUUAUGUUACACACCCGGAGGAGACAUACACUGCCGGUUAGAGUCGGCGCCCGAGGGUUUGGUAAGACUCGUGUGACUAAAAGUCGCCACAAAUUACAGACAAUUGUGUCACAAGAUAUUCAAUUAACGGAAGGGCUGUUCGCGUGUUCACUAAAUGGCUGUCAAAACACGUUUGAAUUCAAACAAAACCUAAGCCGACAUCAUCUGGUAAUACAUCCCGACGCCUUUCCGGACAUACCAUGGAUUCAAUGCCAAUAUACGGGCUGUGAGUAUAGGACUAAACACAACCACACUAUGAGACAACAUUCGUACAAACAUACGAAGCCAUUCAAGUGCUCCCGAUGUGGACAGACAUUUGCCACUAAUAUAGGCCUUAGGCUGCACUCCAUGAAACAGGACUGUCAGCUGAUAUCACAAACCAAUGAACAGACUGUAGAGUCACAAGAGGUGACCACAAAUGAAGAGUUGAAUGAAGAUCAAGAAGUGGUCUUAAAAUCGGGCGGACAUCGAGAUAACGGUUCCAAUGAUACGAAAAUGUGUGACAAACCCAAAGUCAUUCAAACAAAGGACGGGCUAUUCAUGUGUUUACUAAAUGACUGUCAAAACACGUUUGAAUUAAAACAGAACUAUACUCGACAUCAACUGGUAGUACAUCCCGACGCCUUUCCCCACAAACCGUGGAUUCAAUGCUCGCAUACUGGCUGUCAGUUUAGGACAAAACACGGAUUUUCUAUGACUCAACACUGGCGCACACAUGUUAAGCCAUUUGUGUGCACCCAUUGUGGACAGGGAUUCAAGAGUAAUAGGGAUCUUAAGGUUCACUCCAAGAAACAACACAACAAUGAGUCGGUGAGAGUCCGCACCAGAGGGUCCGGUUGUGGCAACACUUCUGUCAAUAAAAGUGGUCUCAAAUCACAGACCAAUAGACCGACUGUUGGGACACAAGACGUGAACACAAAUGAAGAGUUGAUUGGAGACCAAGAAGUGGUCAUCAAAUUAGAAGACAUACAAUCAGUUGAAGAUCUGUUCGUGUGUUCACUAAAUGGCUGUGAAUUCAGUAGUCGACGAAAGCCUGACUUCAAUCGACACCAACUGGUAGUACAUCCCGAAGUCUUUCCCCACAAACCAUGGCUUAAAUGCCCGCAAACGGGGUGUCAGUUCAGGACUAAACACAAGGGAACUCUGACUCAACACUUGUACAGACAUAAGAUACCAUUAAAGUGCACCCAUUGUGGACAGACAUUCCCCACCAAUUUUGCGCUCAAACACCACUUCCAGAGGAAUCAUAACAAAGAGUUGAUGAGAGCUCGUACCCGACGGUCCACUUGUGGCAAAUCAACUAUCAAUAAGAGUCGUCCCAAACCGCAAACCAGUGAACUGACAGUUGAGUCACAAGACGUGAUCACAACUGAAAAGUCUAUUAAUGAAUUGGAAAGCGAUUCAAAUGUCACUCAAAGUGAUAGCGAUUUGCAGGCAUCAGAGGAACUCCAUGUUUGCCAUUAUAUGGGUUGCGAACAAAGUUUUCGUAAUCGGAGUCAAUUAACACAACACCGACGCCUCGCACACUCCACGGGUACCCACCGGUGCCUAGAGAACGGGUGUUCGGCUGAGUUCAGUACAUGGGUUGGACUCCGGACUCACCGCAUACACCAACACCCGACCCCAUUCAGGCAGACAUCGGACGGCCUGUAUGUAUGCGGUUAUGUCGGCUGCACUAAAACGUACACUUCAAUGGCCUCCCUAACCGUACACAAGUACACGCACUCGGCUCACAAGACCUACCGGUGCGAUGUGGAGGGCUGUUCAGCUAAAUACACGUCACCGCACUAUCUAUACGCCCAUAGGAUGCAAAAACAUAGCACGAAAUACCGGUGCGAUUGGGAGGGAUGUGACUACAAGACUGGGGAUAAAUUCAACUUUGAUAAACACCAGUUGAUUGUGCACUCAGGGGAACGACAGUUCACGUGUCCGGUCGAGGAAUGCCUGCAAACAUUCAAAACUAAGUCCGAUGUGACUCAGCAUCAGUUGAAACGACAUCCCGACUCUGUGCCGGACGUGCCGUGGAUUCACUGCACGCACACUGACUGUCAGUUUAAGAAUAAGUCGGACUAUGCUAUGAAAGCACACCUCAAACAACACACCAAACACUACCGGUGCGAUGAGUGCGGCAAAUGGUUCACACAUUUAUCUGAACUCAAAUACCACGCGCCCACACAUGACAAGUCGUUGCAAUACCCGUGCGAAUGGCCCGGUUGUGAGAAACGGUUCAUUACUAAGGGUGGUAUGACUGUCCAUAUGGGCACACAUUCGGGUGAACGCAAGUACCGGUGCUCGUGGCCGGGCUGUGGGAAGAACUUUAAGGAAAAAGCGAAGCUUAAAGAGCACGAAGUGCUACACAAGGACCCCAUGAAAUACCAGUGCCAAUGGCCGGGCUGUGGAAAGGUUUAUAUGUCUCAAACUAAGCUGAAAGAUCACGAUAUGGUACACAAAGACCCGACUAAAUACCGGUGCCAUUGGCCCGGAUGUAACCGACAGUUGGGUAGUCGUAACUCUUUUAACGUACAUAUGAAGGAGCACACGGGCACCCGGAGGUUUAGGUGUCAAUGGCCCGGCUGUUCAUAUAAUACACAUUUUGAAAGAAGUCUUAAAAAUCACAUUAAGAAUAGUCAUAAAGAGUAG